UGUUUGACGGGUAUAUUGCACGUCACCGGGGUUAACACUAAUGUUAUCAAUUUCUAGAUUUUUAGCGGUGUUUUACAGAUAUUUUAUUUUCACUUUAUCGUGGCUCUGUGCGCUUCCGCGUCUAGAGUUACUGAGUCCGUCCUAUAAACAUAAAUUUAAGCUCCAGAGAAAUGUCUCUAAGCGCAACAUCCUCAUCUGCAAAGCUGUCGGGUGGCAGCGCUUUUUCUCGCCGCUAUCGCACGCGAGCCCUUACCUCUCAUGUGGAUGAGACCCUCUUCGGGACCCCCAAACAAGUAGCUCAUUUGGCUGUUGAUAAAGAUGAUCCUGAAGGUGGCAGCGCAAGGUCAAGGUCAUGCUCCGCUCCUGCCUUCAAAGAGCCAAAAUCAGAGACACUACGCAUCAUCACUAAAGACCUAAUCAGGGACCUCAGAAUCCCUAGAAUGGACCCAUCAGGUCAGUCUGUCAUCCUCUCCUCCGUUGACUUCAAGCGAAUCUUGGCGGAGUCUCGUGUACCUAGCGAAGAGGAAAAAGCGGCUGUGCUGGAGGCUCAGCGCAAAGCCCGUGAGGAAGCCAUUGAUUCUGCUGAGCAGAGAAAGGCACAGAUGCGCCAGGCUGACUUGUCUCGCCAAAAGAACCAGAAACUAAGUGAUCUAGAGGCAGAAGCGAGGGACCGUGCUCAGUACCUGCUGGAACGGGCUAACACCCUGAGAAUGGAACAAGAGGAUGAAGUUAAGAAUCUCAAUGAGUUGAUCCAGGAAGUGCAGUGCCAUGUGGUGCGGGAUACUCAGAUUCAGGAGAAGCAGCAGAAUCAUGCAGAGUUGCUGGAGGAGGAAAAGAGACUGGAUGCCAUGAUGGAGGUGGAACGGCGCCGGGCCUUGGAAGCCCAGGAGCAAAUUGAACAGCUUCACAAACAGCAGAAGAUUCAGGGAAAAAUGUGCAUCCUGGACCAGAUCCAGACACGUCUGGAGGAGAAAAUGCUACAGUAUGAGGUUAAGGAGCAGGAAAGUCAACAAAUGUUGGAGAACAUGGAAAGGAUGCAGAUGGAGGAGCUUAAGGCCAUUGAAAGGAAGAAAGAGGAGCAGAAGAUGUUGCUGCAGGAGAUUCAGAAGAUAAAUGAAGAGAAUCUGCUUGCUAGGGAGAAAAGAAAGGAGGAGGAGAGAUUAGCAGAUUUACGUGCUGUAGAAUAUACACGCAAGAAAUUGGAGCGAGAGGCAGAGUACGAAGUGGAGCAGAUUCGAAUAAAGAAAGAGAAAGAGAAAGAGGUGGCAAGACUGAGAGCUCUUCAGGAAAGGGACAGAGACCACAAGGCUGAGCAGGAUGAGAUCAGAGCACGGAGGAACCAGGAAGCAGCUGCGAGGGAAUGGAGAAGAAAAGAGAAAGAGGAGGUAAAGAAAAAGUUGGAGGAGGAAGAGAGGCUGAAGGCUGCUCGUUUGGAGCAAGUGACUCAUAAGGAACACAUGCUGUCCAUUGAGGCUGGCCGGGAGAGAGCAGAGUUUGACAGAGUCCUGAGGGCACAGCAGGAGCUAAUUAAGAAAGAGCAAGAAAAAGAGGAGCAGCGCUAUCAGCAAAUACACAGGCAUGCUGAGGCCGUGAGGCAGCAGGUACGGGAGAGAGAGGUGCAGGCCAUUGCCCAGCGGCGAGAGCUAUUCCGCGAGGGAGAGCAGCUGGAAGAGGAGGCGCGCAAUCGUAGAGCCCGACUGGAUGAGAUUAAAGAAAAGAAGCUGAGGGAACUAAAGGCAGCUGGGCUUUCAGAGAAGUACUGCAAGGAAGUGGAGCGCAAGGUCGGAGCCCUCCCUCCUCUGUUGCACUGAGUAGCAACCGAAGUGGAGAAUAUUCCCCUGAAAGUUCACCAAAUAAAAACCAAAUGACAAAUAAGAUAACAAGAACAUGACAAGUUUUGGUUGUCAUGUUUGUGUUUUAUUAAUUUAGUUAAAUGUUUGCAUAAUGUGAUGGAUGAUAGUUUGACCAGUUUUGCCCCUUAGGGAUUUGUGGAAGAGAUUGCAUCAUCACACAUGACUAAGUUAUUAUAAAUUAGUCAUAAGAUGCAAAAAAUACAUAUUGACACAAGAAUGGUUUCCUGUACGUAGUUGGCUUUCAUACUUCAGUUGCUGACUCUGCAGGACUUUUAAAUGGAUGCUAAAAAGCAGAUGUUGCGUAAAUGAGCGGUGUACAUUAUAAACAAAGAGGGUUCUUUGAUGGGCUUGUUUGAGUAUUUCUGUAACUGCUGAUCUCCUGGGAUUUUCAUGCACAACUGUCUCUAGAGUUUACUCCGAAUGGUGCCAUAAACAAAAAACAUCAAGUGAGCGGCGGUUUUGUGGAUGGAAAUGCCUUGUUGACGAGAGAGGUCAACAGAGAAUGGCCAGUACCGGUGUAUAUAUAAACCUUUGGAUUUACCCUCGAUAUCUCCUUAAAUUGUUCAUCUUUUUAUUCAGACAAAAACUACAUUUCACAAAUGAUACAUUUUCUGCAAAACCUCCCCCGUGCAAUUAUGGAUCUGACCUGCACAACAGGAAGGACACAUUUUAAACCAUUCCUCUUUAUGAAACUGUUUACUUUGAGCAAUGUUUUUGGAUUGUCUUGUGUAUCGCUCUCUUGAGGUCAAGUCAAAGCAUAUCAUUCGGGUUGAGUUUAGGACCCUGACUGGGCCACUUCAGAAGGCAUAUUUUUUUCUGUUGAAGUCAUUGUGGUGUUGAUUUUCUCCUGCACUUUGGGUCAAAUUCCUUUCACAUCACCCAAUUUCUUUUGGCAGACAAAUAGUUUACACGCUCUUGCAAAAUAACAUUUAUAUACUUUUUUCUUUUCUUUUCUUUUUUUUUUUAAGAUACCAAGCUGUCCGGGCCCUGAGUGGGGCAACAAAGUAGCCCCGAACCACGAUGUGCCCUCUACUAACCUGUUGGAAUUAGGUUUUGAUGUUGGUUUGCAGUGCAGUGUCUACAGAAUAGUUUGCCAAUAGCAUUGUGGCCCAUCCAGGUGCUCUUUUGCUCUUUAUUUUUUUAGAACAGCAGUGGCUUGCAAGAACCAUUACAUUUGCACAACAGAGUCCAGUAAACUGGACAAAUGUUUCCUGUUUUUCUCAUCUUUUUUUCAUAUUUCUCAAAAAUAUUUAUUUAAAUCGUUAAUAUUUGGUUUCAGUUGAUUUCUGACUUAUUUAUUUAGUUUGACACCAAUUCAAAGAAGAAUCCUAUUCAAUUCAGAUCCUACUUGGCCAGAUCAUCAUUUUAGAGGUCUUACUCUAGUUUGGAUUACUGGCAUAGCUAUAGGUGAGUCUGGGUCACCUAUUGUGUGUUAAGGCCCAUGCCAAACAGUGUUGCCAUGUCUACUUAUAAGAAACUUUGGGCUGUUAAAUACGGGAUGUUGCUGCUGGUUUGGGCAGCUCCAUAUGUAAAAAACAAAACAAAAACAUGAUUACUGUUGCAGUAGACAAACUUUAGUAAGCUAAAUAUCUUUACAUUUAGCCUACAAAAAAUCUAGAUACUGUUGUUGCAAAGUUGUGUAUCUUUUAACAGUUAUGUUUGGCAUGUCCAAUAAAAUUGUGUGGUACCUCAGCCAUCAGGCUGUAGAUAAAUGUGAUGUUCUCUGUUCUUGCAAAAUCAUGGAAACUGCGUGUGGAACCAUCAAAGUUAAAUCAGAAUACCCCACAAAUUCCCUGGAUGCCAGUACUGCCAGUUCAGCAGCCACCACAGCCCUCAAACAGUGUGGUAGACCUGCUGCUACUGCAUCAAGUUUGGUUGAAAAAUAUGCCACCGGUCGCAGUCUGUAUCCAUGAGUCUGCAAAAGAACAUUUUUCUCAUUUGACCAUCUGAACAAAUGGUUUGUUUACAUCUAGCAGGCCCAAAGUGGGAGUCAGAGCCAUUUGCACUUUAAUGUUAGCAAAUGCCUCUUCGGCUUUGUCCAAACAAGCUUGUCACAUGACUUCAGCCUUUCCCUGUCAUCAGGGCUCGCAAAGGCUGUUCAAGAAUGGCAUAAUUAGGAAUAAAUGUACGACAAUAAGCACACAUUCCUAAAAAUGACAAUAAUUGUUUUUUUAAUUGUUUUGGCACAUCUUUUAUGGCCUGUACACGUUUGUCACAGAUGGAUUUACUGUCUCAUCAACCAUCUGAACUUCAAUCUCAAAAUCACAUUUUGAUACAAAUGCUCCUACACUUAUUUUAGCCCAAUUUGUUGCUUUAAUGCAUUUUCUCACAAAGGGGCCCAAAUCUGCUCACAGCUGCUCUUUGGCCUUGGCCAAAGAUAAGUGCGGCACAGCUCUCCUGCUAUCAAAUAGAACUGCAUUUGUUUUUUCUGUCAGGCAAGCUGAGAGCGCACACUCAUUUUCUGUCCAGAAAAUCUUAUCAAAUUUCACACUCUCAUUUCUGCCCCGUUAAACCACCCCUCCUCAUAUUGUGGUUCCCGUUCAAUUACUACAUGUGACGUGCAAUGCAAUUGGUCAGGUCAUAUUUUCUGUGUUAAAUGACAUUGUUCGAUCUUUUGCCAAUUUCAAGAUAAUUUUUGCCCAAUCAUCAUUUUUCACACGCCAUUCAUAUGCCCACUGUGGUUCAAAUUUAGAACAACAUAUUUGUGGUUCUUCCUCAAUGCUAAUUCAAAGGAAGUAAGGGUCAAAUUCAAUUCACACAUUAAAUCUCUGGCCAUUAAAGGUGAACACAGAAACGCAUGUUUAAAUGUUCUCCCCUUCUCCGUCUCACACUCCAAGGGCACUGUGAAUUUUUUUUUUUCAGAAACCAAAUGGCCCUAGGCCAAAGUGCUCUUUAGGCCAAACCUGUCAAUUUUGGGACACAUGGCAAGUCACAUGGUCGUAUAGUAAAAUGGCCAGCCCCAGAAUCUACCAAACAAAAAAAAACAAAAAAAUCUACUAAUGUCCCAUCAACUAACAUUUGAUAUCUAGGCAUUUGUAAAAACCCUGAACUUUUGUACAUUCUCAAACAUUCAUCCGAAACAUUAUCAAAUAAAAUUCAUCAGUCACACUGAAA